AUGAAUAAGUUAAAUUUUUUUUAUUUUAAUUUUAAUUAUCUACAAAGUUAUUUUCUUGAUCGAUUAGUGAAUCGUAAUAAUUUCUUUUUUUUUUCUUACAUUCAAGUAUAUUAUUUGUUACAUAAUAGUAGUAGUAAUAGGUUUUUAUUCUUAUUGAAAUUAAUGCUAUUGGAGAAAUUUACAAAUAAUAAAAUAAAGUUUGUACUGAAUAAUAAUUUAUUAAAAAGAAGAAAGUUAAAAGUAGGUGGUGUACUAGCAAUAUCUAAGCAAAAGUUUUAUACUACUUAUCUUAACAUUUUAUAUAAUUCAUUACCUAAAUUAAUAUAUUCUUUAGAUUUAAAAUUAAAUAAUUAUUAUUUAUUUUAUGAUAAUAAAAAGACAAUAUAUUCUAGUUUUUUUUAUUCGUUAACAAAAUUUUUAUUUUUAAAUUAUUUUACUUAUACUUUAGAUUAUUAUAAGUAUUAUAACUUUUUUGAAAAUGCUAUUUUUAAAUUAAAACUAAAAGUAUGUACUAGUUAUAAGUAUUAUUUAAUUAAUCGUGAUCUAUUUAGAUUAGGUGGUUUAAAUGUUAUAUAA